GCCAGACGCAAAGCACAGCGUCGAUCGAUCAGCACAGGUAAUUGAACGAGCAGGUCGAUCAGCUAGCUAAGCAAAGCGGGCAUAUGGCCGAGAGGGCGGGCGGCGUGGUGAAGAAGGGGCACGAGGAGGGCCUGAAGAUGGCGGUGUCGCUGCUGGAGGAGUUCGGGCUGCCGCUGGGCCUGCUGCCCCUGGCGGACGUGAUCGAGGUCGGGUUCGUGCGCGCCACCGGGUACAUGUGGAUCGCGCAGCGGAAGAAGGUGGAGCACCAGUUCAAGCUGGUGGGCAAGCAGGUGAGCUACGACGUGGAGGUCACAGGGUACGUCAGCGCCAGGCGCAUCAAGAAGCUCAAGGGCGUCAAGGCCAAGGAGCUCAUGCUGUGGCCGCCCGUCAACGAGAUCACCGUCGACGACCCGCCCACGGGCAAGAUCCACUUCAAGAGCCUCGCCGGCGUCACCAAGACCUUCCCGGUCGAGGCGUUCGCCGCGGGACAGUAGCCGCGCGCGCGCGCACGCUGUGUGGGAAGCUCGCUUUGCUUUGCUUGUUUAUGUUACCCCACCUCGUUGCUUGAUGAUUUGCCGCAUCAUGCAUAAAAGGGCACCUACGUGAUGCUAAACCAUAAAAUAGCACCGCGAGUCCACGACGCGAUAUGGAUUUGUACGGUUUCGCCAUCUGGUUAUAAUUAUAAGGAUGAACUACUACUCCAGCCUUACAGCUGCGCAAUA